AGAGCUCCGUUGCGGGGGGGGCUUGGCUGAAGCUGAACAACGAGGCGCUUUUAUUGAUUUGCUGGUAAUUCAUGUUUGGUUAGCUCUGCUGUUUUUUACUUUAACAAAAUGCAACAAAAGCUUUGGUUUUGUUUCCCGUCAUUUUCUUAUUCUGCCAGUUGGGAGAAAACCGAGAGUCUGGGCAGGUGACGAGCUGCUGCUCCUUAACGGGAACAUUUUAUUAGGAAAUUUUUAUUUUAUUGGGAAAAUAUUGAAAUUCAGCCACCGCUAGGAUGUUAGUUUGUCGUUAACGGAUAAAGAUGUGGAUCAGAACCGUUUCCUGGCUGACUGUGAUGCUGAUGGUUUUAUCUGCUGCUGAAGACGUGAACAAUACCCUGAGUGGAGUCGUCGGAGGAAGCAUCACUUUACCCGAUCCUGUACCUGAGAGAGGAUUUCUUUCACAUGAUAAACCAAUCAUUGCUUCCGUUUCUCCAUUUGGAUUGGACGUUUACCUGAAUAGAGUUCAGUGGGAUAGAAACUCUGGACUGUUUACGAUCACAGACCUGCAGAAGACCGACUCAGGAGUUUAUACCAUCGAGUCUAAAACAGGACGAGUUUUCAUAAAGUCCUACAAUCUCACAGUUUACGACUCAGCACCGACUCCAACUGUAAAGAGGCUGGCUGGGACCUCUGACGGCUGCAGGCUGCUGUGUUCUGUAGACAAACGGACCUCUCUGCUGUGGUAUAAAGAUGAGGAGAUACUGAACCAGAACCACUCUGUGUUCUCUUUACUCAUCACUGUUCAGAACCAGGACCAAAACUCCUCCUAUAGAUGUGUAUCUGCCAACCCAGCUGAUAGUAAGACUCAUCAUCUCAAUGUGAGGGAGUCGUGUGCAUUGAACCUCGGGCAAACUGGGAUUGGUAAUCCAAGAAUUCGUUUGUUUACGUAUGCUUUCCCCACCUUAUGUAUUGUGAUGAUCGUUCUAGUCGGAUGUCUGAUAAAACAGAGGUUUCUCAGGAAAAAGAGACAAGGCAGAGUCCCUCAAAGCCGAGGACGUCCAGUAUACAACAGUACAGAUAAGAUAUGACAGACGCAAUCAGGGAGGAAACCCUCCAGAACCAUCCGGAGGGGCUGAAAACGCCGCCCUAACAUCCAUCUACACCAUGCUGGAGCAUCAUUCCCCCAACCAGACGACGCCUGAUGUCCACGUUUAACCCUCUGGAGGCAGGCGUUGCAGAUUAGCACCCCUGAAGGACGUAGUUGUUCGUCCUUUUAUCCGGACUUAUUUUGAGCCUGAGAGGGUUACCUACAAACGGAUUCUUCAUACAAACAUUGUCUCGUCUUUUUGGCUCCACAUUUCAUUUUGUACGUAUUUAUUGCUUGUGUCUGUUUCUGAGGUUUUCUGUUACGGAGUCUUUUCACCUCACCUUUCAUCCUUAGUGCAGCAGGCAGGACAAAUCUGGAUCUGCUGUUUCCUCUCAGUCUUUCAGGUGCAUCAGGUCGUUUAUGUUUGUAAAGCAGAGUAAACAUUUAUGCAUGUCACUGAGUCACAACAUCACAUUUAUUUUAUGAUAAAUUGCAUCUAUCUUACGAUAUGGCAGCUAAAUAAUAAACCAUCAUUAAUACA